AUGAAGCUCGGCGUUGCACUCGUUAGCCUCCUCUCUGUCGUCCUCACAUCGCCUGUGCCAGUAUCCGAGGGAGUUCUAAGGGCGAGAGGCGGUGGUGACUCUUCUACCAUUGGAGUCCCUGUGAAGACUCUGGUUGAUGAUAUCAACAAGUCCAUCGGCACUCAGUUGAACGCGAGGCAGGUGCAAGAACUCGCCCUAAUUGUCGAUUAUACGCUAGGCCUCGGGGAGAAUGCCAAUGGCGCAGCAUCCGGUGCCUUGCCUAGCAAACCUAAUCUGUCGCCAGCCGAGAUUCUAGCCAACGCCCGGAAGGCAUUGAGUGCCGCGGAGAACACCUACAUGAAGUACCCAAACAAAAUCACCGAAGCUGCCUAUCUGAACGCUCUGAACGCGAUUGAAACGUUGUGGUGACAGUUCCGACGGGUUGUUGUUGUGGUAGAUGAAGGCAGACGUGGGACGGAGAGGAGAUUGCAAGCGUUGGUGGGACGGAGCAGGAUUACUAGGUCUCGUUACUGUUAUGCUACAUACCAUAUAUCUUAUUAAAGUUAAUAU